CAUAGCUGGUUUAUUCACUGUGGAGGAGGCUGCUGUUGUUUGACCAUGGCUGGUGUGCAGACGGAGAAGGCCCUGUGCAGUCGGCCUUGGAGGGGACCCUUCCAUAUCUAUGGUGGACUGGCAUGCAACUCACUCAUGGCUGACUUGUGGUCAGACAGGACUCCUCUUCACGAUGCCGCCUACCAGGGUAGACUCCUGAUCCUGAGGACUCUGGUCUCACAGGGGUUUCCUGUGGACAUGCUGACAAUGGACAGGGUCUCUCCCCUCCACGAGGCCUGCCUCGGAGGACAUUACGCCUGCACCACUUUCCUACUUGAGAAUGGGGCCAAUGUGGAGAUGGUAUCGACUGAUGGAGCCACGCCCCUCUUCAAUGCCUGCAGCAGUGGGAGUGUUGCCUGUGUCAGACUGAUUCUACAGUACAGCCCCAACACCCAUGCUGCCCAUCACCUGGCAUCACCCAUCCACCAGGCUGCAAAGAGAGGUCACAAGGAGUGUCUAGAGGUGUUGCUGUCCCAUGGAUUCCACAUAGACCUGGAGCUGCCUGGUGUGGGAACCCCUUUGUACACAGCCUGUCUGGCCCAGGCCACCGACUGUGUGGAGAGACUGCUGCAAUCAGGUGUUGAUGUCCAGGGUGGGUGUGGUCAUGACACACCAUUACAUGCUGCAGUACUAGGGGGAGAAGUCAGGGUGGUGGAGCUUCUGAUGGACUACGGGGCUGAUGGGAGUUGUAGGAAUUCAGACGGGAAGACUCCUCUGGAGCUGGCAGCUUCCGACAGUACAGUCAGAACUACAAUACAGAAAAGAGGUCCCUGCACUCUUUCUCAGCUGUGUCGGUUCUGCAUUCGGAGGAGUUUGGGACAGGCUCGUCUGGACAGAACAUCAGCCCUCUUCCUCCCUUACAGACUCCAGGCUUUCCUGCUUUACCAGUAACACUGAAAUGGCAACUUUUUUACAAAUGUUUGGUAAUUUGUAUUUAUUGCUAUUUUAAUCAACUUCUACUUGUUCAGUGGUUUUAGCAGUGAGUUGGUGACUGAACAAAUGAAUGGUUUUGUUUUUCUUGGUUUAAUAGAAACUGGGUUGACUGAUUUGUAGCUUUUCUCAGGAUGCUAUA